GAUUCAUCGGCGUUCAAUAUUUGCCUUUGAGUGAAGUGAAGUGAAGUAUUUCCGCAGAUAUAGCGAUUACCCAAUUGCGACUGCUCUACGCUGAGCUUGUUUGUAUCGCUCUGUUUUCACUUUCUUCCACCACCGUCACCAUAUUCACCCUUCUCUCUCCAGGAUAUGGCAUAAUUUAUCUUGGAGUAGUUUCGAGCAUUCAACAUGUCAGUUCACUGAUGCGCUCCUUAAUCUCUUAGUACAGAAGUGAUUAGUUUCUUUUUGUGAUUUCAUUACAUCAUACAAGAUGAGCAGACCUGAUCGUUCAAAGGAGAAGCACAUAAAAAGAGAUCGGCUUUCUGUGGAUAAUCAUGAUGAAGAUAGUGCGGCCCGCACAAGACCAUUUAGUUUUGAAGAGAUUAUGCUUAGAAGAAAAAGCAAAGAAUUGCUUGAUAAUGUUAAAGACCCUGCUAAGGAAGCAUGGAAUACUUCACCCGAAGCUUCUUUGGAUAAAAUUGCUGAUCAUUUUGAGUCUCCAAGAAUUUACAAACAUGAUAAGAUUUCAUCCUUAAGCACAGAGAAACAUGCUUUAGAGGAACCUGUGAAUGUAAGUUCAAGAAAGAAAGUUGAGAGCACCUAUGCGAAGGAAGAUGAUUUAACUGAAGAGCGAGAUAGAGCAAACAAUAUUUUAGAAUCCAAGUCAAGUUCUGGAUUAAAUAAUAAAGGCUGGCUAACGAAAGAAAAGACUGGAAAAGAGAAGCGUGGUUCAAGAAAAAUUGAACAAACGAGUCAAAAUUGUGAGAAUAAAGUUGGGAAUAAACAUUCAAGAGAUUCAGUUAAAAAAGAUAGUAAUGCAGAAAAAGAUAGACAAAAAUCUGAAAGGAAAACAAAGAAAAAGAGCUGCAUUGAAGAGGAUGAGAAUCCAAACGAGUAUUCUACAGAAAGGAAGCAUGGCAAAGAUAGACACGGCGAAUGGAAAAUAAAAAAGCGGUUAGGCAAUGGUUCUGAAGAAGUACCUGAAAACAAGCAUCAUAGAGAUUCAGAUAAGCAUGUUAAUGCAGAGGGUAGAGCAAAAUAUGAAAAAGAAACCAAGAGAAAAUAUCGAAAUGGAGAUGAUGAAACUCAGGACCGUAAUGCGAUAAGGAAACAAGAUAUUUCAAAGCAUCAUAACACACAUAUUCCUGAGAGGAAGAACAGGCAGGAAAAGCUGAAGUCACAUUAUGAAGAAUCAACCAUGAAGAGGAGACGGUCAAGAAGUCGAGAGCGUAAGGAUAGAAGAAGGUCCCCUUCUUUUUCACCGCGGGCACAGAUAAAUACUUAUCAAGAUGGAGAGCGUAAGGACUUGUCUAUGCUUUCUCUGACAGAUAAUUCUAGAAAAAAGCAUUCUGAUGAUAAAAAUAGGGUAUCAACUAAUGGUUCAAGUAGUCACCAGGAAAAGGGUAAGUCACAUUAUGAAGAAUCAACCAUGAAGAGAAGGUCAAGAAGUCGGGAGCGUAAGCAUAGAAGGUCUCCUUCUUUUUCACCAAGGGCACCCAGAAAUACUUAUCAAGAUGCAGAGCGUAAAGACUUGUCUAUGCGUUCUCUGACAGAUAGUUCUAGAAAAAAGCAUUCUGAUGAUAAAAAUAGAGUAUCAACUAAUGGUUCAAGUAGUCACCAGGAAAAGGUGAAGUCACAUUAUGAAGAAUCAACCAUGAAGAGGAGACGGUCAAGAAGUCGGGAGCGUGAGCAUAGAAGGUCUCCUUCUUUUUCACCAAGGGCACACAAAAAUACUGAUCAAGAUGCAGAGCGUAAAGACUUAUCUUUGUGUUCUCUGACAGAAAGUUCUAGAAAAAAGCAUUCUGAUGAUAAAAAUAGAGUAUCAACUAAUGGUUCAAGUAGUCACCAUCGUCGAUAUCGACAUAGUGGCUCUUCUAGUGGACUUGGUGGCUAUUCACCAAGGAAGAGGAAAAGUGAAACUGAUGUCAGAACUCCUUCACCAUCUAAGCAUUCUCCAGAUAAGAAACAUGCUGGAUGGGAUCUUCCUGCUGUAGGGGCAGAUCCUUCUCUAGCUUUUGUUUCUUCUGGUUUUCCAUUAUCAAAUCAUAGUGUGUUGUCCAGCAUGCAUGAUGUGGCUUCUGCUGCUUCUCUGGAUCCAUCCAUUGCGAAGCCUCUGCCAGUGCCAUUUUUUAAUGUGGUAUCAACAGGGAAGAAUGCUAAUAUUGAUUCUGUCCAACUGACACAAGCUACCCGUCCUAUGAGAAGGCUUUAUCUUGAGAAUUUACCAGCUUCAGCCUCUGAGAAAGUUGUGAUGGAUUCUUUCAAUAGCCUCUUGCUCCCUUCCGGUGUAAAUCUUAUCCAACAAACUCAGCCAUGUAUCAGCUGCACUAUGCAUAAAGAUAAGGGCCAAGCGCUUGUGGAAUUCCUUACAGCUGAGUAUGCAUCAGCCGCUCUUUCUUUUGAUGGCAGUAUACUAUUUGGCUCCAUUAUUAAAAUAAGACGUCCCAAAGACUAUGUUGAAUUUGCAACUGAUGAACCAGAGAGAUCAGUGGAAGUUGCUGUCACAAUAAGUGAUGAUGUAGUUAAUUCACCAAACAAGAUUUUCAUUGGUGGAAUUUCAAAUCAUGUUUCUUCAGAGAUGCUUAUGGAGAUUGCUGGUGUGUUUGGAUCUUUGAAGGCUUACCACUUUGAGGCUACGGUCAGCAAUGGAUCGUGUGCUUUUGUUGAGUACGUGGAUCACGCUGUUACUAUCAAAGCUUGUGCGGGUUUGAAUGGUAUGAAACUUGGAGGGGAAGUAUUAACAGUUGUUCAGGCUAUGCCUGAUGCACCACCCGUGAUAUUCCAGGAAAAUGAUGGUAAACCACCAUCUUAUGGGAUUCCAGAACAUGCAGAGCCACUGCUUGGAGAGCCAACACAAGUACUGGAGAUUAAAAAUGUGUUCACAGGGGAGUCUAUAUCAUCUUUAUCUGAUAUGGGAAUCGAAGAAAUUUUGGAGGAUGUACGAUUGGAGUGUGCAAGAUUUGGGACUGUUAAAUCAAUUAAUGUAGCCAGGCAUAGAAAGGAAAAAAAUUUAGCAACCGAAUUGGAAGAAGUUAAAAAGAAAGUGGAUUCCGAUGAAGCUUCUUUAGACACACACCCUGUUGCUAAUAAUGCAGAAUAUAGUUUUUCUGAAGAGGCUACCAAAGAGCUUGAUGAAGACAAAAAUAAUGAUGGUAUUAGUGUUAAUGUUGAUAAAAAUGCUGAAGUUUUCGCUAAUACUGCAUGUGAAGAACAUCUUGUGAGUGAUGCAACAGUUACAGAUGCUGGCAAUGAGGAGGGUAUGCCUAGUAGUAUCAUUCAUGGAUAUCCUGAUCAUCGGGAUACACCCAAUGAUGAUCAAGAGUUGCAUGAUGACAUGGUUGCUAAUGAUACUGAUGUUGAUAUUAAGAUAGUGGGUGGCAAUAUGGAGUCAAAAAAUAAUGUUUGUCCAUUUCAGGAAGGCAUUUUUGAAUGCGAUACCAGUUCAGAUACAAGUUCAAAAUUAGUUGGUCCUGGAAAGGGCGUUAAUGAGGAAGAUAAUGCUUACGAUCAUGUAUUUGAACCAGGUUCCGUUCUUGUUGAGUAUGCAAGAACUGAAGCAUGUCGUUCGGCAGCUCAUUGUUUGCAUCGACGUUUAUUUGAUGGCAGAAUGGUGACAGUUCAGUAUAUUGCUCUGAGUUUAUACAGAGCAAGGUUUUCUAAAUGAGCAUUUCAAAGUGAGUGGUAGCCCUUGGUUAUAUGAAAGAACAGAAAAAGUGUUGCCUGAUUGUGCUAGAACAGAUUAAUUAUUCUGAUUGGUUGUAUCAGCAUGCUUCUUAGUGUAAGAUCUGUGAGAAGAGUUUUUUUAAUCUUUAAUAUUUUGAGUGGAAAAAGUAUAAUUGAUCAAUGCCAAUGGGAUAAAAAUGCAGUAGCAAAUCAAGUUUGGAGCUUAAGAGGACAUAUGAAGACUUGCUUUUUUAAUCUGGAAAAAUUCAUUACACUCAAUGUUGAUUUCGGUUUCACCUUGACUAGGCAGUCUCGUCAGUCAUGCUAAUUAAAGAUAUUCUUUAGACAAGGUUUUGUUGCAUUAUAACUGGUUGUAUCAGUCAUGCCAAUUGUAUCUUUAGGUGUUUUUGCUAAUAUUUUGUCGUAGUGGUAGAUCGUGGAACAAUGUAUUAAAAUUGGACAAAAAACAUCCUUACUGCGAUUUAAGUAAAAAACAAAAUCUUAACUGUGAUUUGAAUCAAAACAUAUAAACCUUAUUAUUUUG